AUGUCAUGCAUCGUAAUGCUACCACAUGGAAGUCCUGCUGAUAUAGAUACGAACGAAGGAGCAAACGAAGUCCUCCGAUCUUGUCCAACCUUUCUUUCAACCCAAAUCAAAAGAAUCAAAAUUAUCCGCUUGAUUCCGGGGCUGAAUAGUCGUCAAGAUCUGUUGGACCAACUUGAACAUGCACACGACGCCAUUAGAUGCUUCUCUCGAAACGUAGAUAGAUUGCUCUUUCGCGAGAAACUGGCAGAGGCUGAAAGCAAGUGUUGGUUGGAAUUUGCCAUUGACGAAAUCAAAAAGAUCACGAUCAAGACAAGCUGGAUUGAGCAAGGAACGCUGGACUUUGAUGAUUAUGCUGCUUUGCAAUCUUGUCAUGAAAUGUUCUCGCACCAAGUGCCUGUCAGUCUAGCUUUUAAGAGCGAUUUCUUUCAAGCUUUAACUCAACUCUUGACAGCCCGGCAAGGAAGUACCAACGCAUUCCCAUCCAAUGAUGAAUGUCGAAGCAUCAUUUGGAUUGUAGACUCCGCUUUCACCACAUGCGCAGAGCAAUUGUCCUGGUCUAAAGAACGGGUGUUUCGGAAGCUAGAGAAGACGGGCAUUCUCGAGCAAGCCCUUCGAUGUUCCACUCGAACGUUCCCGCUAGGUCCCGAUGAAAAAAUUGAUAUGUUUCUGAAAGAGUUGCUCGACGAGCUUCAAUCCUGUCCUUAUGUUUUGAGCCAGUGUUUCAAGAUUGGAGCACCUUGUGGCGACAUUUUGCGGGCAAUCAUAGCAGAGGAUGACGAAGCCAAUGAAGUAGACCCCCCAGUGAUCAACAGACUGCAUGCGAUUUCCUAUCUGUCGGAUUUGACGAAUGAAACCUGCAAUUGGUGUUGGGAUGUGGAAUCUUCAGAAUGCCCUCUCAAGAUGUGUAGUAGAUGCAACAAAGCUCUCUAUUGUUCGAUAGAGUGUCAAAACGCUGAUUGGAGGCCGCAUCACAGGCAAAUCUGUGUCCGUACAGCAGCCGAUGCAAAGGAAGUAACUGCUGUUCAAAGACUGGUCAACAAUUACUUCAACGAUCACUAUCGUCACAUUCUACCCAAGAUGGUCGAAGAAUGUAACUCGAAAUCCUUGACAGCAAAUAAAAUGGUUGUUGAGGUGGAUUUCAUGAUCCAAUACGACGUGAUCCCUGCCAUACAUGACGAUACGCCUCUUUUCAACAUCGCGCCUCUUCAAGCCUACAUCGACGGCACCGAGAGACCUUGUUUUCUCAUUGGCUGUCACAAUCCGGACCUUCAGAAGGACUAUCUCGAAAAAUGUGUCAGCAUCUUGACAGAGUCGGCAUCUUCCAAGAGUUUCAACACCUGCUUGUUCUUGGUAAUUUUCGCUAAUUUAUGUAUUGAGUGUGUGGAAGUGCCGAUGCCCAAGGAACUGUGGGGCAAUGCGAGUAUUCAUGAUCAUGCUGAAUAG